GGCUCAUGCAUCGAUGUCUCCAACACUCCCGAUGACUCUACACUUAAAUCCGUCUCACAGCUCCAUAGCACUGAGGCGCUGGCUACGGCAUCGACUGCAAAGGAAAAUAUGACAUAUGCCGAAGUAAAUGUAAAUCUGGGGCAAGACGAUAAGGACCCUGGAUUAGAAGCACUCAUCGCAGCUGCUGCAGCCUCAGUCAGUCCGUUUCUUACCUCUCCGCUCGGCUGCCUUAAUGCUCUUUUAGAUGUUGGGGCGGAUCCUCGAGUUGGCCUUGCCGAGCAGUUUCCCAUCCAUCAAGCUGUUUGUGCUGAUUGCAUAGAGUAG